UUUUAAUCUAAAGUUCAAUUAACUUUAUCAACAAGGAAUUAUUUCAAUGUUUAAAACCUUUAAUAAAUCCAAGCUGAACGGAAUCGUUCUCAAGCGGCUCGAAUUGGUAGUAGACAUAUUGUUCCUACCUCCCCACUCCACGACCACUUGGCUCAGCGUUUCUUCCUCGUUCGUUACAGAAAAUAUUGGAUUCCGAGGAGAUUUAACACGUGUUAAAUUCGGUGAAAGAGUGCGAGAUUGGUUUCGGACUUUAAAAGAUCGUCUGUUAGGAAGGAAAUCUGAAUAUAACGAUUCAGAAAAUGGAGACAUGAUAAAUCUCUACAAAGCUGAGAUACAAGAUCGCGUUCGUAACUCUGGUGGAUUCUUUGUAGAUUUGUCUAAAGUAACAUUUGAUCCGAAAUACGAUAUCGGAUUUCGUAUUGGUCGUUGGUAUUUCAUUCGAAUGGGAGACACAAUUGAUAAUGAAUUUAUCUAUAAUGAUUCAAGGGAAUGGGAUAUGCCUUCUUCAUUCAUGCCUGAUCAAUCAACGCAUCAAUUAUCUGAUAAUGAUUGGUCAAAUGAUAAUUAUAACAAUAUAUUCAAGACCAUGUUGUCUCCACCAACCACGGAAACUACAUUUUCGACGGAGCAAACCAUAACGGAAAGUGAUGCAAUUGAAAGUUAUACUACCGAGGCAUCUGUGAUACUACUGGAAAACAACGAAACUGAAUCAAUAGGCAAUUCAGCUUCUGUUGAAGUUAUAUUCCCGUAAUAAAGUAAUCUUAAAUCUAUAAUAUACAUCUGUCAAUUAUUAUUUGCUUAUUAUUUUCUAUAUAAUUAAUUAUAUAUAAAAAAUUAUACAUAAGAUGAUGUUUAUUAUCAAGAAGAACACUAUUUUAUUUCAUAAAAUUUAUCAUAAUUAUUAUCUCAAUAUUAUUGUUCAAAUUAAUUAUAACAAUUUUUAUGUUGAUGUUAUGGACAUUGUGGCCUUCCUGAUGUGUAGUGGGUUUACUGCAAGAUAAAUGAUUAUAUUAAAAUUAAGCACACGAAAAUACUAUGAGAAGCUGGUUAAAAUUGCAAAGGAGUUACUAUAUCUAUAAUCACACUUUGUUUAAGCCAAGCCAAAUCAAAUCAAGCCAAGCCAUAAGCCAAACAAAAGAAUUAUUAAGUGUUAUAAAUUUAUGCAAUAUAAGAAAAGAAUAAGCAAAGUUA